AUGACUGCACAGACAGCAGUGGAGGACAGUGAGAGGAUCUUUACUGAGCUCAUACGCUCUGGUAUGAGAAGCCAUUCUGAGCUGAUACGACUGAUCAGAGAUCAGGAAAAGACUGCAGUGAGUCGAGCUGAAGGACGACUGGAGCGACUGGAGCAGGAGAUCAAUGAUCUGAGGAGGAGAGACGCUGAGCUGGAGCAGCUUUCACACACACAGGAUCACAUCCAGUUCCUGCAGAGUUUCUCCAUCUCUCCUGAAUCCACAGAACAGCUCAUCACCAUCAGCUCUCACCUCUCUUUCAGUCAUGUGGAGAAAUCAGUCUCUAAGCUGAAAGAGAAACUAGAGGAAUUCUGCAAAGAAGAGAUUGAACAGAUAUCUGGCAGAGUAACAUACAGUGAAAUUAUUCCCCUCAAAGCACUGAAGACCAGGCCAGAGGUCCUGCAGUAUUGCAGGUUUCUGACUCUGGAUCCAAACACAGCAAAUAAACGCCUCCGUCUGUCUGAAGAAGACAGAGCAGCUACGUACACCGAUACAGAUCAGCCGUAUCCUGAUCAUCCAGACAGAUUUGAUAGUUAUUGUCAGGUGUUGUGUAGAGAGAGUGUGUGUGGACGCUGUUACUGGGAGCUGCAGUGGAGUGGAGAUGAAGUGGAGAUAUCUGUGUCAUAUAAGAGCAUCAGCAGGAAGAGACAGAGUAAAGAGUCUGAGUUUGGAUGUAAUGAUCUGUCCUGGAGUUUGUGCUGCACUUCCUCCAGUUACUCAUUCUGGCACAAUAACAUAAAGACUGAUCUCCCUCUAGAGUCCAUCAGCAGCAGAAUAGGAGUGUAUGAUGAUGAUGAUGAUGAUGAUGACAAGAGAACACAGUCACAUGUGGAGCUCCAAGACUGGUCCUGA